AAAUUUAGCCCGAAUGCAUUUGGUGUCGUCCCCGCUCUUGUGUCGGGAUCCACCGCUAACCCGAAGCUGUCCUGUCUCUACAUACGUGUGUUCACCCUGGUGACUGAUGUGGUUUUAGUGGCGAGGAGCCAGAAUUUAUUCAGACAUGUCCGUGAGGGAAUCUUUUAACCCCGAAAGCUAUGAGCUGGACAAAAACUUCAGGCUUACACGCUUCACCGAGCUCAAAGGCACAGGCUGUAAGGUCCCCCAAGAUGUGUUACAGAAGUUGCUAGAAAGCUUACAGGAAAACCAUUAUCAAGAGGAUGAACAGUUCCUGGGGGCAGUUAUGCCUCGAUUAGGCAUAGGAAUGGACACAUGUGUGAUUCCUCUCAGACAUGGUGGUCUUUCCCUUGUCCAAACAACAGAUUACAUCUAUCCUAUUGUAGAUGACCCCUACAUGAUGGGAAGAAUUGCUUGUGCCAAUGUUCUAAGUGACCUUUACGCCAUGGGAGUAACAGAAUGUGAUAACAUGCUGAUGCUUCUGGGAGUCAGCAACAAAAUGUCGGAGAAAGAAAGAGACAAAGUCAUCCCACUGAUCAUUCAAGGAUUUAAGGACGCGUCAGAGGAGGCGGGCACAUCUGUAACAGGAGGUCAAACCGUUCUCAAUCCCUGGGUCGUGAUGGGAGGAGUAGCAACAACAGUCUGUCAGCCCAACGAGUUUAUCAUGCCAGAUAAUGCAGUGCCAGGAGAUGUUUUGGUGUUAACCAAACCGCUUGGAACACAAGUGGCUGUCGCGGUGCACCAGUGGUUAGACAUUCCUGAAAAAUGGAACAAGAUCAAGCUGGUGGUAACCCAGGAAGAUGUGGAGUUAGCCUACCAUGAAGCCAUGAUGAACAUGGCUCGGCUUAACAGAACAGCUGCUGGCCUUAUGCACACCUUCAACGCCCAUGCAGCCACCGACAUCACAGGCUUUGGCAUCCUGGGACACGCUCAGACGUUGGCACGACAACAGCGCAGCGAGGUCUCUUUUGUCAUCCACAACCUCCCAGUUCUCGCCAAGAUGGCUGCUGUCUCCAAGGCCUGCGGGAACAUGUUUGGACUCAUGCAUGGCACCUGCCCCGAAACAUCAGGAGGCUUGCUGAUCUGUCUGCCCCGGGAGCAGGCCGCCCGCUUCUGCGCUGAGAUUAAAUCCCCCAAAUACGGAGAGGGACACCAAGCGUGGAUCAUCGGGAUCGUAGAGAAAGGAAACCGCACCGCUCGCAUCAUUGACAAGCCCCGAAUCAUAGAAGUGGCGCCGCAAGCGGCCACGCAGAAUGUCAACCCGACUCCUGGUGCAACAUCCUAAUCCCGGCUGGGCUGCAUCACAGACCCGAACCCCAAAGCUUGGUUGACGGAUUUUAGACCCAACUACAAAAUCCUUCUAGUGUUGAAAUAUAUUUACAAAAUAGUCAGUACUCAACAAAGACUGGGUUGGGCUGAAUCAGCGUGGAAACAGCGCCCCACAGUGGCUCUGGCGCAGGCUACACCCUCAGUGGACCCGGCCUGCAGCGCCCCCAUCAGUAAUUGGCAGGAACUACAUUAUGCCAGAAUCCAUUUGGCCUUUUAUGUCUGUUCUGUUUAAUUAAGUGUGCUUGACUGACAGGCAGCUUCUGUUUAGAGAACCAUGAUGAAGACAAAAAUCUGAUACUGUUGAUUCAUUUUGAAUCUUAGGAGGUCUUUCUUGUUCGUCUCUUAAAGUUGCUUUGGUCAAACAAACACGCAGUGUAUACGCGUUUUUGUUUGUCGUCCUCACACUUUGUACAGUUGAAAGCCUAGUUUUAGUUCAUUGCUGUAAGUGAUGCCUUGAAAGACAUAGUGUGACCAGAAUGGCUUUUUUUUGGUUUGUCUUUUUAUAUUAUGUUGACAUUUUGUAUCAUCCCCGCGUAAACGAAUAAAUACUACAUUUACAGAUGGGUUCUUUUCCCUGUUUUAGAGCUGCAGUGGAUCGUCUACAUGCAAACUCUCAUUUCUAAUAUGGUCACAGAAAUGGAAAUCUGUUUUAGGCACAACAGACAAAUCCUACACUACCCGCAUUCCCAAUGUAUGAGGCCACAGAAUGAAGAUGAGAUUCAUCUUCUUUAAAGGAUGUAGCUAAUGUUCGGGAUAAGCAGUCUGGUUUUAUUUGCUGAUUUCUAAUGUUGCCGCACAACUGUUGAAAAUAAAAUCCAUGAAGCUCCCAGCUUAUAAAGGCUAGAGAGAUUUUUUUUAUCCUCCAGCUGAAAAAUCUGUAAAUGAGAAAUGUCAUUUCCAUUGCACCUCUUAAAAUAAACUUCUCUUAUAUGACAUGA